UUUACACACUCUUUUGAACAUUCGUUGUUCGUAAGUGGAGAACAGAUGUCAUAAGGUUAAAUACUCGAUUUUACAUCUUGAUCACCAGUCUGCUCAAACAUGGAGGGAAACACAACAAAUUCAACUGAAAGAUCAUGUGGCUUGUCUGAAAUGCCAGCUCGUCCAUUCUUCAUAAGUGUCUACACACUGAUCUGUUUGGCAAGCCUGGUGCUCAACACCAUUACAAUAUAUGUGUAUUUUUGUAAAGUUACAACUAAGUCCAGCAUCACCUUCUAUUUAAAGAAUCUAGCUGUUGCGGACAUGUUCGUCUGCCUGUGUUUGAUAUUACGCAUAAUUAAAUAUGCUGUCAGCUCAGAGGAAGUUCAGCGUAUCUACUGUAACUUUGGCGCUCCAGCAGCCUACCUCAACAUGUACUCCAGUAUUCUCUUCAUGGGCUACAUCGCUGUAAACAGGUACCUGAAAAUUGUGCGACCGCUGGAGGCUCACAUUAUACAAACAGUGCAAUCAACCCGCAACAUCUGCAUAACAACCUGGGCUAUCCUUUUGGCGGUUAAUUGUGUCUAUAUUGUAGUUUUUGCAAGUACCCCAAAUGUUGAUUCAAGAAGCCCUGAUGGAGGUUUUGACUGUGAUAUUUAUCAUAACAAUUUGCUCAACAUGAUUUACUUGAUCAUGCAAAUCUUAUGCUUUGUAAUAUUUUUGCUCGUGUUGGUAUCACUGAUCCUGCUUUACUGGUGGAACGUACGGAGACUCCAGCAAGCUCAGCGUGCUGCACCAGUCCAGUCCGACAGCACCAAGCUGAGCAAGUCAAAUCGUAACAUGAAAGUACUGGUGGGUGUUUUCUUUGUGUGUUUCGUGCCAUAUCACCUGGUGAGACUGCCAUACGUGUUCAUCAAACCCCUGUUGAGCGAUUGUACAGCAGUCCAGACCUUCUACAUCCUGAAGGAACUGACUGUGGUGCUUGCAGUACUAAAUGCCUCCUUAGAUCCACUCAUUUACUUUGUCUUCUGUAAGGCCUUCAGAAGUCAUCUGAACAUUUGCUGGAAAUGUAGUUAA